UCUCUGCACUAGCUACUAGCUAGCUAGCUCAUGAUAUAUUAUGCAAAGCUAGCUUGCAGAUAGAUACAUAGAAAGAGAGCGAUCUGAGAGAAAAAUCUUUCUUGUUCACUCGCUGUUGGUUGGGUCUCUUUCAGUUUCGGGUAGAGGUGGCACUCAAGAGAGCAAUUUCCUUGCCUCUACCUCUUCCAUUUUUCCUCCACCUUUUAUCCCUCUCUCUGACUCCAAAACCUUUCCCACCACCGAAAGUGAGACCUUGUUCUUGAAUCAUGAUAUAUACCAUAUAAACCAAAGAGAAGCAUUUAUCAGUAGGGUUUUGUUUUUUAUUUUCAUUUUCUCCUUCAUACUUAACCCUACUUCUGUUCCUCCGUCUCAGACGUUGCCGCUUUCUGUUCCUUCACACAGGUUGUGACUUCUUGUGUGACAGAAUAAAAAGUAAACAGAAAAAGUUGACGGGUUCUGUUCCCGAGGACUUGUGUUCGUAACUGUUUUGAACCUUUUUUAAGUACUUUUAUUGUCGUUGAAAAUCUUUGUCUGGUUUAGGAGCUUCCUCUCUCUAUAUAUAUUUUGAAGUUGAAACAUACACCACCACUUUCAUCUCAGUUUCAACACCGACUCAUUUUUGAAGGAAGAUUUUUGUGACUGACCCAGAUCUGUGUAGACUGCUAUUGCUUGAUCUGACUCAAGGGAUAACAUGAAUACUUUUACUCAUGUCCCACCCGGUUUUAGGUUCCAUCCCACGGAUGAAGAACUUGUUGAUUACUACCUUAGGAAGAAAGUUGCUUCAAGGAGGAUUGACCUAGAUGUCAUAAAAGAUGUUGACCUCUACAAAAUUGAACCAUGGGAUCUUCAAGAGAUUUGCAGAAUAGGAACAGAAGAGCAAAAUGAAUGGUAUUUCUUUAGCCAUAAAGAUAAGAAGUAUCCAACUGGAACUCGCACAAAUAGAGCAACUGCAGCAGGGUUUUGGAAAGCAACAGGAAGAGACAAGGCAAUAUAUUCCAAGCAUGACCUGAUAGGUAUGAGGAAAACCUUAGUCUUCUAUAAAGGUCGAGCUCCAAAUGGACAAAAGUCAGAUUGGAUAAUGCACGAGUAUAGGCUUGAAACAGAUGAAAAUGGCACACCACAGGAAGAAGGAUGGGUUGUGUGUAGAGUAUUCAAGAAGAGGGUAACAACCAUGCGUAAAGCGAGUGAACACGACUCUCCCUGUUGGUAUGAAGAUCAAGUCUCUUUCAUGCAAGACUUGGACUCACCAAAGCAAACCUCUCAAUCUAGUUUGGUAUACCAGAUACCAUAUCCUUGCAAGAAAGAGCUAGAUUUUCCAUACCAGUUACCUCGUGACCACUUUCUCCAGCUUCCACUUUUAGAGAGCCCAAAACUGCUUCAAUCCUCUUCUACCAUGAACCCUAAUGCCGUGGCACCAUAUGUUAUAGAUCAUGCAAACCACUCUACUAUGCUUCCCUCAUCACUCAUUCAAGAAGAACAAGUUGGUCACCAAAACUUCCAGUAUGGCAACAACAAUUCCAAUGAACAAGUAGCAGUGGAUCAAGUGACUGAUUGGCGAGUGCUUGACAAGUUCGUUGCUUCACAACUUAGUCAUGAUGCAUCCAAAGACAAUAUUAUCUUUCAAGGCACGGACAAUGGCAACGUUGUACAGUUCAGACAUUUGGACAAACAAGAAAUUAUAAUGGUGCCUGAAGAAAAUGCCCCAAUAUCAAACUCCACCUGUCCAAUUGAUUUGUGGAAAUAGUGCCAUGCCAUCUUAUAAAUUGGGUUUUGGGUACAUACUAAUUAAUAGGGUACUUAGCUAAAACAUCACUUGCAAGUACUGUUUAAGUGCCUGUACAUAAUAAACGUAAUGGGCAAAACUUUAACUAUUGUGGAGCUUCUGGCUCCACUACUACUUCUAUCUAGCUUCUAGCAUAUUCAAUUAUAAAAACUUAAUGGAAGGGUCAAGUAGUUAUAGUAAAAAGUCAUCUAUGUUUCCCUGAAGAUGGAAAGCUUUGCAGGGUUAAUAUAUAGUUGAAUUGUUCACUACGCAUGCAUGAUGAGCUCUACUAUGUAAGCCAAGGGCCAAGGUCCAACAGCCACAUCCGCUGUUUUUUCAUUGGAUUGACCGGGUGGUCGAUAUACACAUAUGUAUGUCUCUAUGUUACAAUUUAAUGAAAUAGUUAUAGAAUAAAUUGUUCUUUUUUACUUUCUGCAGUUUCUUAACU